GCCGAACAACAAAAGUUGGCUGCAGUCAUCAGCGCCGAGGGUGAUUCAGAGGCAGCUACUCUAUUGGCCAAAGCCUUUGGAAGCUCUGGUGAUGGUCUUAUUGAGUUGCGCAGAAUCGAGACCUCUGAGGACAUUGCCUACCAAUUGAGCAAGAACCGAAACGUUAGCUACCUCCCUGAUGGUCAGCACGCCCUCCUCAAUCUACCAAUAGCUCCCUAG